CGGUAGUCCUGGCGACAAGAACCCAGCAACGAGAAUCAACAACAACAACCUGAACCAUUAAGAGGGAAAAACUCAACGACAAACUAAGAAAAUUCCUUUGGAAACAAGAGUGUGGGGCUUGGACUGCGGUCACCAUGGCGACUCCAGCCUAUGUGGAGGACCUCCAGCAGCCCUCUCAAGCGCAGGGCGGCAGCGUCAACGUGGCCACGGCCUCACCUGCCACGCCACAGUUCCUGUCGGAGGUGCAGGCAUCCCCGGGCUCUGCCGCUCAAGUGUCCGUGCCCACUCCCCAGACGGUUCAGGCCACACCCACAAUCUCGUCAAAUGCCACCCAGAAGUCAGCCAUCUUGGCCACCGCCACACAAGUUAGCAGCUCACAGACACAGUAUGUGACGGCGGAGAUCCAGAGCCCGGGCAUCCAGGCCAGUAAUGGCCAGAGCACGCCACAGUACAUUGUGGUGACCGUAACUGAGGGCUCCCUUCACUCAAACGACUCGGUGUCCGACUCCAGCCCCCCUCCCUCUGUGGUGCAGACCAGUGUGCCCACCCAGGUGGUGCAGCAGGUGCAGACGGCCCAGUUGCAGGUGCAGGCUAGUGUUGAGCAGCAGAGGUGUGAGCUAGAGGCAGACAGAGAGAGGCGCGCAGGCAGGUGGAGCGCAGAGGACACAGGGACAGCUAAGAGAGCAUGGACGGCCAGCAGGCACACGCAACACUGGCUGGCCGCCGCCGCCGCCGCGGGCGACUGGGCUUUCCGGCCGGCCGCUGAGCCCUCUCGCUUCCCGCCCUUCGUGCCCGUCUCGCUGGCGUACCCCGUGCCCUUCCCCGUGUCGGGGGCGCUGCUGGCCGCGGAGGGCUGGGAGGCGGAGCGGCCGGUGGCCGUGCGGACGCAGACGCAGACGCUGCCCCCGGUGCUGCUGUGUGAGAGCGCCACGGCCCUCAGAGUGCAGCAGCAGAUCCAGCAGGGCUCAGUGCCACAUGUGUACUCCAGUCAGGUUCAGUAUGUGGAGGGGCGAGAGGCCAACUACAGCGGCACCAUUCGUUCAGGGAGUUACCCAUACUCAGAGAGCUCUCUGUACUCCCAGGCCACACCCACUGGCUCCUACUAUGAGACAACGCCCUCCACAGCCGCUCAGAUCGUGACCAAUAGCAGCAGUGGGGCGGGCUCUGGCGUCACCGUGGUAACAGCCGGGAGCGCGGGCAGCUCGGGCGGGGCGGGAGCCGAAGGCAGCGGAGGAGGAACAGGAAGUUACGUCAUCCAGGGCGGCUACAUGCUGGGGGGAGGGAGCAACAGCAACCAGGGCUACACGCACACCACCCGCGCCUCACCGGCCACCGUGGAGUGGCUGCUGGAUAACUAUGAGACGGCGGAGGGGGUGAGUCUGCCGCGCUGCACGCUCUACUGCCACUACCUGCUGCACUGCCAGGAGGCCAAGCUGGAGCCUGUCAACGCCGCCUCCUUCGGCAAACUCAUCAGAUCCGUCUUCAUGGGCCUGAGGACACGCCGCCUGGGCACAAGAGGGAACUCAAAGUACCACUACUAUGGCCUUCGGAUCAAGGCUGGCUCCCCUCUACUCCGCUUGAUAGAAGACCAACAGCACCUGGCAAUGCGACAGCAGCCCUUUAGCCACAAACAAAGGAUAAAGCCGGUGCAGAAGGUGGAGGGGAUGACCAACGGCAUGUCUCUGGGGGGCCAGCAGCAGGGUGGGGGUCUGUCUGACAUCAGCGCACAGGUGCAGCAGUACCAGCAGUUCCUGGAUGCCACCAGAACGCUGCCAGACUUCCCCGUCAUUGAGCUUCAGGCCAAAGUGCUGGCCAAUGGGAUCUCCGUGGAGAACAUCGCAGCCUAUCAGCAGCUGUACCGCGAGCACUGCGAGGCCAUCCUGGACGUGAUGGUGAACCUGCAGUUCCCCCUGGUGGAGACUCUGUGGAAGAGCUUCUGGAGGUUCAACGAGAGCCAGACCAGCGAGGCCAGCGAUGCUGCCAGUGUUAAUGAGGAGUCAGAGAAGCGUCUGCCCAAGUCGGCCCUGGUGCUGCUGUGUAAAUAUGAGCCUGUGCUGAACUGGAGCCGAGACUGUGACAACAUCCUGUACCAGAGUCUGGUGGAGGUGCUCAUCCCCGACGUGCUGCGCCCCAUCCCCAGUGCCUUAACUCAAGCCAUCCGUAACUUUGGCAAAAGUGUGGAGAGCUGGCUGACCAGUGCCAUGAUGAACAUCCCAGAGGAGAUGGUCCGCAUCAAGGUGACGUGUGUAGGUGCGUUCGCUCAGACGCUGCGCAGGUACACCUCCCUCAACCACCUGGCCCAGGCGGCCCGCGCCGUCCUGCAGAACACCACGCAGAUCAACCAGAUGCUCUCCGACCUCAACCGCGUGGACUUCGCCAACGUGCAGGAGCAGGCGUCGUGGGUGUGUCGCUGUGAGGACGGCGUGGUGCAGCGUCUGGAGCAGGACUUCAAGCUCACGCUGCAGCAGCAGAACUCCCUGGAGCAGUGGGCCGCCUGGCUGGACGGCGUGGUCUCCCAGGUCCUAAAGCCCUACCAGUCCAGCCCCGCCUUCCCUAAAGCUGCCAAGCAGUUCCUGCUGAAGUGGUCUUUCUACAGCUCCAUGGUGAUCCGUGACCUCACCCUGCGCAGCGCGGCCAGCUUCGGCUCCUUCCACCUGAUCCGGCUGCUGUAUGACGAGUACAUGUACUAUCUGAUCGAGCACAGGGUGGCCCAGGCCAAGGGAGAGACCCCUAUCGCCGUCAUGGGAGAGUUUUCAACUCUGAGCCGCAGUCUUAGCACACUGGACCCAGAUAAAGAGGAAGAGGAGGAGGAAGAUGAGAGUGAUGAAGAGUGUCAGGAGCUCACUGCUCACGCCGCUGACUCCAGUCUGGCUCUUGAGCCGCCCGCCAAACUGGCCCGCACCGACUCCAGUGUGCUCUGAUAAACACGCACACACACACACACACACAGAGACAAACCGAUGGACACAUUCACUGAGUCGUCCACCACUACUGGGGUGACUGGUGAACUCCCAGCCCUGCCAGGUUUGUGUGUCCAUAAGCAGUCAACCUCACUGUGCAGACAAGUGUGCGUGGAAUGGAAAGCUUGUUCAUUUGCCUCUAUCAUCUGUGUUCUCUCUGCUCAUCUGCAAUGACCUCUUACUAUGCCUACUUCUCUCACCCAAGAACAUCCAUACCCUGCACCUAUGCCUUUUCAAUGUUGUGUGCCAUACUACCCCCCCUUAAUCCUAUGCAUUCUUUGCACAUUUGUUAUUUAUUUUUCUGAACAGUUAGAUAGAGGACAUGGAUGUUUGGAAGGUGUGUGCCUGUGUAAUGAAAUUGUGGGGCAGAGCGCCACUCUAAGGAUGGUAAUGUGCUUAUGUGUAGCAACUAGAAAGGAGAGCGCGAGGAGAGUGAGUGAGUGAGUGAGUGAGUGAGCUACAGAUGGACAGACCCUUCCCUCCCCUGUGAUCUCUGUAAUGUGCCCUGUUCCUCACCUCCGCUCACUGUGACAGAGCCUCACACCAUCGUUUGCCUUGUAUACCACUGCAUUCCCAACCCUCAUCAACUAAUCCCCCACUUCUGCCUUAUCAAACCCUACUCUGCCUGAAACCAGUUAGGAGGUCAUCAGAUUACGAGAUGAUGAGUGACUUCACAAGAGCGAACGUAUAGGUUCCUCUAUAAUCUACCAUGUCAGCAUCUAGAGUGCCAAGCAUGUGAUUGAAACUGGGCCUAUACCAGUCUGGUUCCCUUUAUUGUUUGAUGUGUUUGUGGAGUUUGGACUUAAGAGUCCCUUCUGUAUUGAUGUGACAUAUCAUUCAGUUCUGAUCCAGUGCCACUGCCAUCAGUAGGCCUACAGUUAGCGAUUUUUUGCUUUUUCGCAGAUUCUUUGCGUUUUGUUUUUAUUUCUAUUUUCAGUGAACAUUUCUUUGUGUUCUCUACUUGGCCAGCAGAGAUUGUAUGUUUCGUUUGAAAAUAUUGCUACACAAAUAAACACAAUUUAUAAACCAA